ACAGCUAGAAGCAUUGCCUGGUCAGUCUUGCGAAUUAUUUACACGUACAAUGGACAGGUGGGCUGGAAAAGUGGCACUUGUUACUGGCUCUAGCGGUGGAAUCGGUUGGGAUAUCGCGAAAUCCCUCGUCGAACACGGUGUCCAAGUGGUUGGUCUCGCGAGACGACUCGAUAAACUGCAAGAAUUGGCCGAAAUAUUGGGCAGAAACAAAUUCUACCCUGUGCAAUGUGACGUUGCAAAGGAGGAUGACAUUUUGAAAGCGUUCAAAUGGGCCGAAGAGAAACUGGGGGAUGUUGACAUAUUGGUGAACAAUGCUGCAAUAAGCAGUGAAUCGAUGAUGAUCGAUUCGUCUACCGAACACUACAGAAAGAUAAUAAACAUUAACUUACUGGCGCCCACGAUAUUUGCGAGGGAAUUCAUAAACGCUAUUAGGAAACGGAAUGUGUCCGGUCAUAUAUUAAAUAUCAGCAGCAUAGCUGGACGAUAUCCGGAGACUUUUCGCGAUCCAAUUGGAAUAUACUGUGUUACCAAGUCUGGCCUGUAUGCUUUGGGGGUGGAACUUCGCCACGAAAUCAUGGCAUGCAACCUUGACAUUAGAGUGACGACUAUCAAUCCUGGAGUUGUAAAGACGGACAUGAUCAGAGAUUGCUUGCCCUGUAUCGACGAACUUUCAAAAGAGGUGCCAAUAUUAAGCGGCAAAAAUAUUGCUGACACAGUGAUUUACGCAUUAGGAUCA